AUGUUUAGGUUCACUGCCAGAUCUGCCGCACGCUCAUUGAGAAUACCAUCACAGAAGGUAUCCUUCAUUACUCCAUUGAGAUUCUAUGUUGCUCCACCAAUCACCAGAGAUGAAGUUAUCAACCGUGCGUUUGAAGCAUUGAGAACAGUUACUACCUUACAAGGAUCAAAUAUAUCAUUAGAGAGCUCUUUCCAAAAGGACUUGGGACUAGAUUCAUUGGACACUGUUGAAGCCUUGGUCGCUUUGGAAGAAGAGUUUGAUUUGGAAAUCCCUGAUAAGAUUGCUGAUGAUAUCAAGACUGUUGGAGAAGCCGUUGACUACAUCUUAAAGGAGGAAGUUAAGGAAGAGGCUUAA